AUGCGACGUUCACAAAAACUAUCAAUAUUAGAUCAAUUUAAACAUAAUCAUUUGGAAAAAGAUCUAUCAUUUCCCAUACAUCACAAACACAAACGCGAACAUCCAUUACAAUCAUCACAUCAAUUAGAUAAUAUUGAUACCUUAGAUAUUCAAAAAUUAAUACCAAAUGCAUAUGAUCAAGCAUUACGUCUUGUUAAACAUUCAAAAAUACUAGAUAAAUUAAAUGAGCAUAAAAUAAAUUGUUUAAAUGAUUUAAGUAGUUAUAUCUUCGACAUGUUAAGUAAAAAUUCAAGAAUGAUUAAUUAUUCUUUCCGAACAGAAAAUAACACCACUGACGAGUUUGGAUUGGAUGAAGAAAAUGAAGAUAAUGACGUCAUCAAUUAUGCACCAGACCAACUUAUUGAUGAAAUUCUAUUUGAUGAUCAAAGCGACGGUGUUAGUGAUGAUGAUGAAAAUAUAUUAAAUUCAACAAAAUCAGAUUUUAAUGGAAUAAGAAUAGUUGAUAAUAUUAAUCCUGCUAUAAGAAAAUCGUAUUUCAAAGUCAAAAUAAAUGACAAUAUUAAGCAUUAUGGAAUACCAAUGAAAAUGAUCAACGCAAUUCAAUCUAUAUACAACAACUCACGAAGUGCAGUUCCGGUAGAUGGUCAACUCACAGAAGGAUUCGACGUUACUACAGGUGUUUUACAAGGUGAUACAUUGGCACCAUUCCUCUUCAUUAUUGUAAUCGAUUACGUCAUGAAAAAUGCGGAAACACAACACACAAAUGAACAAGGCGAACAUGGAUUUGUAACAAAUCAACGACAAUCAAAACGACAACCAGCAACAACAAUUCACGAUCUAGCCUUUGCUGAUGAUAUCGCUCUGUUCGAAAGUAACUUCGACAGAUCACAAACACAACUGAUCACAACAACGAAAUGGGCCGAUAAAGUAGGCUUACAAGUUAACAUCAAAAAGACACAAGCACUAACAAACCAAAAUACCAACAACAAAUCUAUGCAAAUAAACGGAGAAGACAUUCAAUGGGUAGACAAUUUCAAAUACCUUGGCUCAAUGGUACUCUCAAGCAAUACAGAUAUCAAAGCAAGGAAAGGGUUAGCAUGGAAAGCCUUCUGGAAAUUGUGAAACAUAUGGAAAUCAACAACAAUACCUACGAAGCUGAAGAUUAACAUCUUCAAAGCUUCUUGCGUUUCGAUUUUACUAUAUGGCUCCGAAAGCUGGAUCAUCACAAAAACCCUUGAGAAGUCUCUAAACAGCUUCGCUACUAGCUGUUAUCGAAUAAUACUCAACAUUAAACGACUGGACAAAAUAUCAAAUAACACAAUCUACGAAAAAGUGAAACAAGAACCCCUGGUACAAACAAUACAACGCCGACAACUGCGUUUUAUUGGAUAUUGCCUACGCCGAAACUCAAAUGAAUUCACCAACAUGUAUGCUCUGUACACUCCGAAACCUGGCCCUGGAAAACGUAAGCGUGGACGACCCCGCUUGAAAUACGUUGAUUACGUCGCAAGACUGAUCAACAACGACAAUCCAUCAACGAUCGAAGAAAUCAGAAAGGCUGCUGCAGACAGGAAAAGCUGGUACGAUAUUGCUAUCGCCUGUAAACCGCGCCUGUUUGCAGCCGACUGAUGAUGAAUUUGAAGAAGAAUUGUAUGAAACAUGUAAAUCUUCAAGAAACUCAUUUUUUCCUAUCUAAUUAUCUCAAUCAAUCGUCACAUGGAAGGCUCAUUUGUUAAAUUCAAUACAAAUCAUUCUAAUAAAUCUGUGUGAAAAACUUCCCCUGAAGAAAAUGUAACUUUUGAAAAAGAAUAUAUGUGCAAAAAGUAAAAGAGAAGUUUUGCUAUUCGUCGAUGUGAUUGAAAUCAAAUUAAAAAUAAAAAUGAUCGAAGCAGACUUUAUUACAAUCGCACAUGCUAUUGUAACAAAAUAAGAAGACUUAAAUUUUAAUAAGAGAAAAAAAACUUUACUUUGAGAACCAAUUGAAAAUUCAAUCAAGAUUAUUUCUACACAAUACAUGUACAGACAUCGCAGAACAAUAGAAAAAAGAUUCAUUGAUUUGCAUUUGGAAGAAAUAGAGUACUGGCAUGAUCCUAUUUUUAAAUCUACUUACAAUUUUAGAAAAAAAAAUUAAUUUCGACCAAGUACUGUACUAUAUAUGACAGAGAUGGGACCGGUUCGGUUUUUAACCGAACCGAACCGACCGACCGUAACCGAAAUCGGUUCGAUUCGAGAUUUUUAAAAAAUUCGGUCGGUUACGUUCGGUUCGGUUAGGGAUUUUUCCGGUUACGAUCGGUUCGGUUAGAAAUUUUAAAAAAUUUGGUCGGUUACGUUCGGUUCGGUUAGAAAGAAUCGACAUAAUCUUUUGAUUUGAGUUCGAUGGACUUUUUGAGACAUCAGAAGAAAAAAGAGUGUAAUCGUACAACAAUUAGCUGUUGUUCGUAACUCGUAUUAUCUCACAUGUUUUUUAAAUUUGUUGUGAGAGGUAAGAAAGUUAUAAUACGGUAAGAGGAUUCAAUAAAUAAUCUUUCUUCGUUACUUUCUCUAGAUGUUGAUUGCUUAUAGUUGCUACUGUUCGUUUUGUUGUUGCUAAUUUAUAAAGCACUAAUACCCUAAUUAACAUAAGCUAAACUUCGCUUUCUCUAAACUCGGUUCGAUUACGAAAUUUUUGAAAUUUGGUCGGUUACGAUCGGUUCGGUUAGAAAUUUUUAAAUAUUCGGUCGAUUACAUUCGGUUCGGUUAGAGAUUUUUUCGGUUACGGUCGGUUCGGUUAGAAAUUUUAAAAAAUUCGGUCGGUUACGUUCGGUUCGGUUAGAGAUUUUUUCGGCUACGGUCGGUUCGAUUUGGCAAAAAUGCCAACCGAUCCCACCUCUGAUAUAUGACCAUCAGGUAUUAACAAAAAGUAUGUUGAGUAAUUUUACAAAUUUUUAUCAUUAUUUCUGAAUAUUAAUCAAUAAUACGAUUUAGUUUAUCUUUUUGUCUCUGUCAAUAUCAUAUUGUUCUACGUGUAUGCAUUGAAAACAAACUAUCAAAAUAAUUCAAUGGUUUCUCUCAAAUUGAUCAGUUCUUCUAAUAGAAAUUCUAUUGAUGUAUAUAAGUUAACUAGUGUAAUAUGAAGUAUAGAUAUUUCAUAAAAUGAUAAAUAUUUAUCUAAUCAAAAAAAGCAAACAAAUAAUGUAUUCAAAUGUAUUUUCCUCAUUUCCUCAAACGUUUCUAUAAAACGAAAAUGAAUUCGAAGAUUCUACGAUUACACAUAGUUCGAUCGUUUCCACUCUGAGUUUCUCUUCAUCUAAAUCCGUAAGUCCGUAUGAUCUACUCAUAUUAUUAAGUUUGUCGAUGUUACAUAAUUUUUACGUGGAUUUUCAUUUCGUUCUUGGCAAGAUGAGUACAUCCUAAGUUUAUAUUUUCUCUGAUCUUAGAGAUUGUCGUGCUUCCAUCUUCUUCACUAUACUUCACAUAUCUCUCCUAGUUUUUAUUUGUAUUUUAUUCUUUCUGACUGUUGCUUCUGUUUAUCCUGUGCACUUUUGUACUUUGAGUUUUAUUUUUCAUUCUCUCUGAUCCUUUUUUCUCUUGUUUCUUGUUGUUCCUUGCAUCUUUCUUCUAUCAUCUCCUUCUAGUUCAUCGAUGUUGUCUUAAAAGACCUUCAGGCAUUAAUUUUACCCUACAAAGCAUAAUAAAAAAAAAGGUAUGUAUUCAAAUAGAAGUAUAAUUAGAAAAGAAGUAUUUCUUUUCUUCUUUCAUUUUAUUUUCAUCAAUGUUUAGAUGCUAUUCAAAUAAAUAUUUAAAAUAAGUUUUGUCAUGUCGAAGAAGAAUCAUUUUUAGAUAGAAGAUAUUUUCAAAGCAUUACAUUCAAAUUUAAGUAAUUAUUUUUUUAUUAGAUUCACCACAUUAAAUUAUAGGAAAUAUAUUCGAAAACGAUAUUGACAUUAUUAAUAUAAUUGGAUGAUGUUUUUCUUCUUUCACUUUUUGCAUUAUUCUGUAAACUUGUUCAUCUAUUUGCAUUAUGGUUGACAUAGAGAAUUUCAUUGUGAUUGCUCAACUAAUCAAUUGAUAGUCGAAAACAAUAUGCUAAAAUUCUAUCUUCAGUUGCCUCGUUAUUGGAUCGAGUUACGAAAAUGAAAUUAAAAAAAAUGAAAUCGAAAGAUCAGUUGUUAGAUUAGAACUUAUUUGUAACGGAAUAAUAAAACUAGUGUUCAUUUCAGAGACAUGUCUUCGAUUUCUUUUCGUCUGUAAACAACAGGAGAAUGUUAUUUUCUUCUUUAUUUGUCUUAAUCAAACAAACUAUGCGAUUUCACAUCGAAUUGAUCAAUUCAAUUAAUAUUGCUACUUCGAAGAAAAAAAAAAUCUUAUGGACAAUCCAGUAUAUCAACAUGAUUGUAUUAUUAUUGAUUAUAUUCAAUGUAAUUUCUUCGACUGUAUUCUAAUCCUUCUUAUAUUUGGGUAUAAUUAUGGUGUGUGAAUAGGGUUGCACCGGUUCCGGUUUUAACCGAUACCGGUUCCGGUUUUAGAACCGAAACCGAUGGAACCGAUUGGAACCGAAACCGGAACCGGUAAGAACCGAUAAGAACCGGAACCGGAACCGGUAAGAACCGAUAAGAACCGGAACCGGAACCGAUAAGAACCGAUAAGA